UGGUUAUAUUUCUUCAUCUUUUGCAAUGUAUAAAUAUGUACAUAUUAUACAUGUAAUCUUAUAAUUAAAAGUUGACCAUAUUGUGGAUUUCCUAUUAAAGAUAUUGUUUUUUUUAAUAUGGCACUCUGUUCAGGUAGUGAUAAGAAAUGCCACCACUUAUCAGGACUGAAUGAACCCAGAUUAUGGUUCCUGAGAUUUGUAAGAAAUUCCUUACGAUUCCUUACGAAAUUUGUAAGAAAGUUUAGUGUCUGUCUUUGCAGUUGAAACUCCGCCCCCCCGCCCUGACCCUGUCCCCAACCAUGUUCGUCAUAGAUUGCUACCAGAGAAAACAGAAACCCUAUAAAUGAUAAACACAGAUGUUGACCCAGACAGAAGUUAAGUGAAGCGUUCAUUAUACUUUGUUAAUGUACUUGGAGUGACUGUUACAAAUUUUUUAAUUGCUUUCAUACAACCUUUUGCAUGUCAUGAGAUUUGUAUGACAAAUUUAGCAUUGCUGUUAGUUUCUUAGUUGUUGAUCUGGCUUCUGCUGGCCAGAACAAAUAGCAAAUUAAGAGACGCAUAAAUAUAUACACUUAAGUUCUACCAAAACUACAGAUAUUUUUUGGAAGUUUUAUGCAAGAAGUCAUUCAAAGUAUAUUGGCUGAGUAUUGUAGGUGCUUCCCUUCUGUCUGGGCAACAGCUCCAUUCAUCAUUACCACUUUAGGUGCCUUCUGUGAGAUGUUGAAUUUGAAGUUAAGUUUUAUUUGAAGGAGAACUUUGAACCAUGAGGCAAAUCUACUCAGUGUAGAUGAAGAUGAGGAUUCUGAAACCUCCAAAAGGAAAAAGUGAAAAUACACAAAAUUCAUCAUUAUGUUCUGGAACUGUAAGACGUUUUCCUCAUGCUAAUGCACAGAUAGCAAUAGUAAAAACAGCAGCCCAAAGCAGUCUGGACCAAAAGGAAAGGAAAGAAUACCCACCUCAUGUCCAAAAAUUUGAAAGUAACCCUGUAAGGUUAAGUCGGCCCCAAGGUGUUGAUCGUAUAAUGAAAAAAACAGAAGAGUCUGAAUCACACCUGGAGUCUGAAAUUAAAAGGAAAGUUGCACAGAAACGUCACAGUAGUACAUAUCAGUCUACCCCACCUUCUCCGUCUCCUGCUUCCAAAAAAUGUUUAACUGAUUUAGAGGUUUCUAAACAGUGUGGAUAUUGUCCAAAAUGUGGGAAAGAAAAAGAAAAUCAGACCAAAUGCCAAAGUUGUGGUAUUCAUUUUCCUAAGGAUUUGCAGAGAAAUUGCAGACAAGCUGUAACUUUGAAUGACUCUGCUGGAUUAUCAUUAAGAACAUCAAUUCAUCAGAAUUCUGGAGGACAGAAGUCACAAAACACAAUAUUACCAGCCAAGAAGUUUUAUGGCAACAGUGUCGAAGAGAUUCCAAUUGAUCUUAUUGUGAAUUGUGAUGAGAGGAGACAGAAUUGUUUACAUACUAAUGGGAAAGUCAUUUUAUCUAGGGCAAAAGUAGCCAAAAUCACAAACCUGAAAGAAAGGAAAACAAGCCUGUCAGACCUAAAUGAUCCAAUCAUUUUGUCCAGUGAUGAUGAUGAUGAUGAUGACAAUGACAGGACUAACAGAAGAGAAAGCGUCUCUCCUCAACCUGCUGAUUCAGCAUGUUCUUCCCCAGCACCAUCCACUGAAAAAGUAGAAGCAGCACUAAAUGAAAACACUUGUAGAAUAGAGCAUGAACUAAGAAGCAUUCCAGCAGAUUCAGAAUUAAAUACAGUUACAUUGCCAAGAAAAGCAAGAAUGAAAGACCAGUUUGGUAAUUCUAUUAUCACCACACCUCUAAAACGUCGCAAAGUGAUUUCUCAAGACACUUUAGUUGAUCCUGUAUCUUUAAGCUGCCAAAGCUCCUCUGAUACCGUAGUUUUAAACUGUCGAAGUAUACGAGUAGGAACACUCUUCCGACUAUUAAUAGAACCUGUAAUUUUUUGUUUAGAUUCUAUCAAGAUACAGCUAGAAGAACCAGAAAAUGAUCCUGUAGGGAUUACUUUAAAUACCUCUGAUCUAACAAAAUGUGAAUGGUGUAAUGUCCGAAAAUUACCAAUAGUGUUUCUUCAGACUACACCGGCAGUUUAUCAGAAGCUGAGCAUGCAACUGCAGAUGAACAUGGAGGAUAAAGUUUGGAAUGACUGUAAAGGAGUAAAUAAGUUAACAAAUUUGGAAGAACAAUACAUAAUUCUAAUUUUUCAAAAUGGCCUUGAUCCUCAGGCAAAUAUGCUAUUUGAAAAUAUUAUUACUGACAUUGGUAUAAAGAAUAAUGUGUCAAAUUUUUUUGUGAAAAUUCCCUUUGAUGAAGCCAAUAGCAGACUUGUUGCCUGUACAAGAACCUAUGAAGAGAGCAUCAAAGGAAGUUGUGUGCAAAAAGAAAACAAAAUUAAAAAUGUGGCCCUUGAAUCUAAAAUACAACUUAAAAACAAACAAGAAUUCCAAUUUUUUGAUGAUGAGGAAGAAACUGGAGAGAGCCAUACCAUCUUCAUGGGUCCUGUAGAAAAAUUGAUAGUAUAUCCACCACCUCCAGCUAAGGGAGGCAUCUCCGUUACUAAUGAGGACCUGCAUUGUCUAAGUGAAGGAGAAUUUUUAAAUGAUGUUAUUAUAGACUUUUAUUUGAAGUAUUUGGUGCUUGAAAAAUUGAAGAAAGAAGAAGCUGACCGAAUUCAUAUAUUCAGUUCUUUUUUCUAUAAACGCCUUAAUCAGAGGGAGAGGAGAAAUCUUCAUGAAACUACUAAUCUAUCAAUACAGCAGAAGCGACAUGGAAGAGUAAAAACAUGGACCCGGCAUGUAGAUAUUUUUGAGAAGGAUUUUAUUUUUGUGCCCCUUAAUGAAGCUGCACACUGGUUUUUGGCCGUUGUUUGUUUCCCUGGUUUGGAAAAACCAAAGUAUGAACCUAAUCCUCAUUACCAUGAAAAUACAGUCACGCAAAAAAGUUCACCUGUAGAGGACAGUUGUAUUUCUUCUCCUUCACCCAGUGAAAUGGACAAUUGUUCACAAAACUCUGCUGCCAAGCCUGUAAUUAAGAAGAUGCUAAACAGAAAGCAUUGCAUAGCUGUAAUUGAUUCAAAUAAUGAACAGGAAGAAAGUGACCCUCGUUAUCGGAGAAACAUAAGCAGUGUGAAAUGUAGUCUGAAAAAAAUAAAUCAUACUGCAAGUGAAAAUGAAGACUUGAAUAAAGGAGAACCCGCAUGCCAGCAAUUUGUUGAUAGGACUGAAAGUGAGGAUGGCCUACAGAAUGAAUAUUUAAGUUCUAUGCACCAUACAGAUGGUUUAAGCAAAAUAAGACUAAACUACAGUGAUGAAUCAGCUGAAGGUAGUAAAAUGCUUGAAGAUGAAUUCGUCGACUUCUCAGAAGAUCAGGAUAACCAGGAUGAUAGCAGUGAUGAUGGACUCCUUGCUGAUGACAACUGCAGUUCAGAAAUAGGACAGUGGCAUUUAAAGCCUACUAUCUGUAAACAACCUUGUAUCCUACUGAUGGACUCACUCAGAGGCCCUUCUCGGUCAAAUGUUGUCAAAAUUCUAAGAGAGUAUUUAGAGGUGGAAUGGGAAGUUAAAAAAGGAAGCAAAAGAAGUUUUUCCAAAGAUGUUAUGAAAGGCUCUAAUCCAAAAGUACCGCAGCAAAACAACUUCAGUGACUGUGGCGUGUAUGUGUUGCAGUAUGUGGAGAGCUUUUUUGAGAAUCCAAUUCUCAAUUUUGAAUUACCAAUGAAUCUGGCAAACUGGUUUCCUCCCCCAAGAAUGAGAACAAAAAGAGAAGAAAUCCGAAACAUAAUUCUGAAGCUACAGGAAGAUCAGAGCAAAGAGAAGAAGAAGCAUAAGGACGCUUACUCAACAGAAACGUCUUUAGGUGAAGGAGCAGAACAGUGCGUCAACAGCAUCUCAGAUUGACUGUUUCCGAUGCUUGUCAGUAUUGUCUUCAGAACUGAGUGACUUUCAACUUUGGGUAUAGACAGUAAAGAACUGAAAUGCUCACUACUCAGAGUGAUUUGGAAAUGUUAAUGAUUGUAUAAAUGUCAUAUAAUUAAUUUCCAAUGGAGUAUGUAUUAAGUAAAAGUCUGUAAAUAUGUUAAUGAGGCCAAUUUUUCCAGCAUUUAUAAUUAUUUUUUUCACUUGUUAGGAAGCUUUUGUUAUGUAUUUUCUGUUAAUAGUACUUAAAACUGCAACUUCUAAACACAAAUAAAUAAAAAGAAAAUAUUUAUAGGAGGAAAUGAUUAAUUUGAUAUUCUUUAGUGAAAUUAAAUUCUUUAGUGGGUGUGCUAUAUUUCAUGGGAAUAUUCGAGUAUCUAUGAUGAUCUUUUCACUUUUGCAUUUGUUUUAAAAUAAAAUGUAAAAAUAAGAUUAAAUUGAAGGCAUUUUGAACAAGAAAGACAUCUUCAUAUGCUUGUAUAGCAGGAAAAAAAAUAACAGGUUUUUUUUUUAACCCGGAUACUUCCUUGUGUUUGGAGAACUUGGCCCCAAAAGUAUAAUAAAUAUUUCUAAUUUUACUCAAUUAUUUAAGAAGAAGCAAGUCAAAGAAAAAUAACUUUGAAUUAUACUGCUACGUAAAAACUAUAUCAUAUGUUAUUGUGAAGUACCUUUCUGAAGAUAUCAAAAACUCAGGUUAAAACUAUUUUGGUAAGUACAGCUUGAAUUUCAAAUAUCCCAUGUUACCUUCCUAUAUUACAGUUUAAAGUAUCUACAAUCUGUGUGAUAUAGUUAACUGAUAAACAUUUUUAACCUGUGAACACAGAAAUUUAAAUAGGAAUUUACUAUUUUUUGUAAUGACUUUUGCUAUUUUUUCAUUGCUCAUUUUGUUCUUGUUAUUUUGAUAUACAAAAUACCAGACUUUUUGCACCUGAGUUUUUUAGUGAAAAUUAUUUUUACAUGUAAAAAGUACUAUCUUUAAUCAGUUGCAUACUGCAGAAAAUAAUAGUCUUAUCUUGAAAUCCCCUUUAAAAACACUAAAAUGUGGUGGUGGUGGUGACACAUUUACAGUUCAUGUAGGAAUCUUGCAUAUACCUGCUGAAACUAUUAUUUUCAAAUGAAAUGUUACACAUUCUUUCAAAUUAACUUUGAGACUUGAAAUUAUAUAUUUGAAAAGUCAUCUUUUUUGUUAAAUAAUUUAAAAAGCACAUAUAGCAAACAUAGUUGAGAAUAAAAGAAAGACCAUUUUUAAUCAGCAGUUACUUUAUUUUUAAUCUGGCCGUUUCUGGCAUUGCAACCCACAUUUUAGGCUAAUUUAUUGAAUUUAACAAAGUCCAUGGAUGUGUUUGGGGUGGAUUUGGGGUGUUGUUAACAACAACCAAAAAAAUAGAAAAAAUCUGCUUUAUACACACUCAUUAAAGGAAAAAUUAAAAUGUUAAGUUUCAGGAACAUCACCAUUAGUGUUAUUGAUUAUGGACUUGUUACUUUGAACUAUCUUAACAUUUUUAUUUGUGAUUAUAUUAUUACUUUUUAAGGAAUACCCUAGAGCUCUUAACUCAGAUAUGAAAAGACAAGUUUAUUAUUUACUGAAUAUGGACCAAGAAAGAAAUUUUUUUAAAAACCUCAUGGCAGUACGCAAAACUGGCAUUUUUUUUUUUUACUGUACUGUGUUAGAAUUUAAGGUACUGAAAGAACUAUUCUAAAAUGCUUGUUUUUGUUUCAGUUUCUAAUGAUUACAUUUUGCACUCUUAAUUUUUGAAAAGAUAAAAAAAUAACCUGUCCCAUGGGCCAAUUCAGUCCAUCAUGUUUUGACAUGAGAAAUACAGAUAUGUCUGUCAACUUUCUAGAGGCAGAGUAUCCAGCUGUUUGAUCAUAUUUCUCCCACCCUGUAUAAAAUUCUAUAUUUAAAAGUUAUGCUAGCUAAUGACUUUGCUUUGGAGACAAAUCUUUGGAGACUGCCAGGUUGAGCUCCAAAAUUAGAGUUGAGAAUCUUUGGUGUGUAUGCACAUUUACUUGCUAAUUGUGUGCCCUGGUACUUCUACAUGUAGUUUAUAGUGGGUAUCAACCUUUUAAAAUGUAUUAUUAGUACUCAGAAGUCGUGAAGCAGAAUUUUAAAGCUUAGAGGUUUGUUACUAGAUGCUGAAACUGCAUGACAGUAUCUGGUGUCUUAACUAAUUAGAUAGAUUUGUUGUAUUUGUUUUCUUGUUGGAUAGAAUAACAUUUAAUCAUUUUUAGAAGGGUUUUAGAUUACUUGACAUAAAAUUUGUAUGUGUCUUAGCUCUUGGUAGUUUACGAGCAAAGUUGGCAUUCAACUAGUCCUUUUCCUUUGAUGUUGCUAAGACAGCUGAAAACUUAAUAGUGUUAUUUCAGGUUCACAUAAACCUAAAUCAGUUAAGCAUAGUAACCUGUGCUUAAAUUAUUAGUUAAUUAAAUGUAGGCGGUUUUAUUUGAAAGGAUGAAAUAAUUAUCUAAAUUAUAUCUUGUUUAUGUCACCAAAAUGAAUUUCAUAUUUUUCUCUUUAAAAAACUAUGAUCUCUGAGAACUGUAAGAUACAAAAACGAAUGUUUUAAUUUCCCAGAAGUUAAAAAUUAUAAUUAAAGUCUCAGAAAAUUCACUGAAGAGGAAGAAUAAAGAAUAUAUUUUAAUAUAUAUGAUCAAGAGUUGGUGGUGUAAAGCUUACUGGGAUGUAGUAAUAGAAAGGAUAAUUUAGUUAGACAAAACCCAUCAGAGAUGAGGCUGUGUGGUACUGUGUGUGUAGAAGAGGUGCAGACAGCAGGGUGGCUCUGAGAACAAAGCAGAAGGAGGAGAUUAUUGGGGAAGGAGACCACAGACUCUAGCCAGGGACCAUCAAUGGAGAGCUGACCACUGAAUGGACAGAGGCAGACCAUAGAAGGAAACGUAACGUACUGAACAAUGUUCUAAAAUACUCCAGCAAGACUUUCUGGUACAUUUGUCAUUUCACUACUCCCAAGAAGAAGUAAAACAGUUACGAAAACUGUGCUUCAAAACUUAAAUUUAACCACAGAGGAAGUAUUGGUUGAUCAAGUGGAAGAAAUGUACACCUUGGGGAAAAUAGGCCCCCCAUCUUAAUUCUGAAAAGCCAGAUGAAGAAAUAGUGGUAGAAUGCCCUGAACUAUUAAGGAAAUCAGAGGGCAGUGCACUUAGAGGAAAGUACCACAGAUCAUAGUCUGAAACAGAAAAAAGUUAAAAGCUUAGAGGUCUUCACUGUCUUUAUCACAGCAGUCAUGCCAUACUUACUGUAGAUUAUAGCGAGGAACAUAUUAUCCAAAACAAGGAUUUUCCAGAAAUGUGCAAAGGAUCAAUAUAUGUCCCUAACAUCUUUCAAGUUGCUGGUCCCAAAGGUAAUAAGGCUUGCCUGCAUUUUCUUCUCUCAAAUGCUUUAAGAUACCACUUUACACCUACCUCCCAAAUUCUGAUUAAGAACUUGAUAGGUAAAGUUAAUAAAUUCCUGUUACUAAACUUUGCAGAAUUAUAAAGAAAUUAAAGUACUCAAAGGUUAGAGACCAUCAGAUACCUUGUUUUUCAAAAGGCGCAAAGUAGAUUCUGCAAAUUACAAGAACAUCAACUCUUGAUAAGAUUCUAAAGUGGAUUUAUUAAAUGGAUGAUUUGUGAACUCUUAAUGUUCACCAGGAGUUACGAGUUGUAACUCCUGAGUUGUUUGUAACCAGAGUUGUUUAGCAUUUUAACUAGGAUUCUGAACUUGUCUGUCAAUCUGUAGAAUGCAGCCAGACUAACAAUUCUCAAAGUGUGUUUGCUAACUCUAGUUUUGAGAGAGAGAAGUUCUGUGGUUGAAUAAGUUUAGAAAAAUUUUGAAACAAAUUUAGCAGGUUUCUUGGAGCCAAUAUGCAGAAUGAUUAAACAAGGAAAAUACAGAACACAGUAUACUAAAUUCAGAAUUUGACCAUAUCCUCUUUCUCUUCUCCUGCACUGGUUCUCUAAACUUCCUUAUAAAUACUAGCCAUCAGAAGACAGAAUUAACUAUUUGGGGUGUUUGUGAACUGAACUUUAUGAGAAGAUGUUUUUGAGACUUAUCUGAGGCUGGUUAUUUUUUUACAUUUUAUUUUAUUAAUACUUGGGUAUACGAUUUGGAAACUUGAAAAUAAAUGACUAGUGUCUUGGGGAAA